CUCCUCCUCUCUCCAGCUUGCUCUCCUCUCUCUCUCUCUCUCUCUCUCCCCUCUCCUCUCCUCCUCUCCCGCCGAGCUCCGGGGGAAAAGCUCCGCUGGCAGCCGCGGACGCAUGGAGAUCUAACUUUGCUCCAGUUUUCGGUCAGUCGGUCAAGUUGCGUGGAGGCUGUUGUGUGGCUGCCGUUGUUUUGCUGUUGGUUUGUUCACGAGUCUCCUCAUGCGUCGGGAAUGCCAUGGCCACUCCGAACGCACAGCAGCAGCACCAGGAUUAUUUCAGAUCGGUGAGCAGCGAGUCCACCACCUACAUGAUGGUCCCGGCCGGCGGGCCGAGCGGGACGAGGCGCAAGGAAGCGCCGUCCAAGAUGUGGGUGGCGAUGGUGGUGAUAGUGGUGGUGGUGCUGCAAAUUGCCUCCACCACGGGGCUCUUUGUCUACCUGAACAUGUCCAUAUCAGAGGUGCGUAGCCAGGGCGUCACAGAGGAGCUGAAGUGCCUGAGUUUACUCAAUGCUCUGGAUAAGGACCAGGACAUCCCGGACCAGCUGGCCCAGCUCUUUGGAGAGCCCUGCAUCAAACUGGCCGAAGGCAUCAAAGCAUACAUCUCUAAGGUGACAGAGAACAUCAUCUCCAAACAGACCUUCAUAGAGGCGAGAACUAUGCCUCGCCCUUUCAACAACUCGGGGUCAAAGUUCAUGACCUCCGUGGCCCAGAGGCCAUCGGCCCACUUGACUCUCAGAGACACCAGCUCUCAAGGGUUCGCUCCCUACCCGAUCCCCACACCGGGUCUCCACCAGUCCUGUCGCCACGUGGUCCGCUCAUGGGCCAAUCAGAGCUUUGGAGCUCACCUGCACAACAUGACCCUUACCAAUGGGAAGCUGCGAGUGCCUCAGGAUGGGCGUUACUACCUGUACUCACAGGUGUAUUUUCGUUAUCCGUCCCCAGCGGCCAGUGAUGGAGACCAGCGCAGCGUCAGCCACCAGCUGGUGCAGUGCGUCUACAAGAAAACCUCCUACCCAAGCCCCAUACAGCUCCUGAAGGGGGUGGGAACUAAGUGCUGGGCUCCAGACGCCGAGUACGCCCUGCACUCCGUCUACCAGGGAGGACUCUUCGAGCUGAGGGCCGGCGACGAGCUCUUCGUCUCCGUCUCUUCCCCAACCAUGGUCAACGCCGACGAUUCCUCCAGCUACUUCGGCGCCUUCCGCCUGGACCUCUGAGAGGAAGGGACAGGAGGAAAGAAAAACAGAGAAACAAGAUGGGACGAUGGAUGGGCUUGAGACAAUGAGCGAGGGUCUUUUUGAAUAUCCGUUGAUUGGGGGGGGGAGAAAAAAAAAAAAAGGACAAGAAGUGUGCGAUGUUGGGCUGGAUCUCGGAUCCACAAUGUUUGCUUGGACGGAUACGUUGAAGGACGGAAGGAUUGGGGUUUGAAGGCCUCGCUUGAGUGACGAACGCUAUAAAAAGGACGGGGGUGACGGGGAAAUGAAAGAGUGGAUUUGUCUUCCUUACUCUCCAUUAAGAGAAACCUUACCGCUGAGAGCAAGAUAUACAGAGAUACAUGUGCAAUCACGCGAAAAUAAAUGUGAGGAUAUUGAUUUACUGUUGAUUUUUGAGGAGGGAAAUUUCCUUUUGGAUGUCAAAAAGAGAA